GAGGAUCAGAUGGCUGCGUCGCAUUCAACUUCCACCUUUUUAAAGCCCAUUUCUCUACAUAGUUUCAAACCUUCAAAAAUUCCCCAAACCUCAGCGGUUUUACUAUCACAUGGAGGAAGUUUCUUUGCGAAACCUGCCAGCCAUUCCCCACAGUCUCCCCUGAUGGCUCCUCCGCACCCUACCUGUCCGUUCUCCAUGACCAUCCCAUCUGUGUUGAUCUUGCACCAUCCAAGCUGUGGUGUGAUCCAUUUGACUAUCAGAGGUGCCAGCAGCUACACGCGAACAGCUCUGGCCAAUUCUGUUCCUCCUCCUUCUGACUUCUACUUGUGAUGUUCCUGUACAG